UUAUGCGAGAAUGAUAUUUAAACUCUUCUUUGCAUUAACACCAUUGGUGCUUCUCCUAGCUUCUCUGUCAUUGUUCUUGACAAGCAAGGAAAGUUUUAAAAAAAAAAAAAAAAAUUUACAAGCAGCUCAGAGACAUGGGUUCUGAAGUUGUUCAAUAUUUCACAAUCUUCCUCUCCUUUCUUUUAUUCGCCUCAGGUUCAAGCGUUGCAGAAACACCUCCACUGGAAGAAAUCCAGAAAGCCAGAAUAGCAGACAACCAAGAAAACCAAAUACCUUUUGCAUUUCCAGUCUUCACCACUCAAUUUGACGCUACAGGUACGGUUCCCAUUGUCAACCCAACAACUCCUGGAACAACAAGCCCUAUUGUAAAUCCAAUAGAGCCACCUCCAGCACCAGCUAUAGUCACAACACCGCCAACACCUCCAGCCACCACUACUCCAACACCUCCAGCCACCACAACUCCAUCCUCAUCAGGAGGUUCAUGGUGUAUUGCAAGUCCAACUGCUUCAGAAACUGCUUUACAGGUAGCUCUUGACUAUGCUUGCGGGUACGGUGGUGCAGAUUGUUCAGCCGUUCAAUCAGGUGCAAGUUGUUAUAACCCAAACACUGUCCGGGACCAUGCUUCUUAUGCCUUCAAUGAUUACUACCAGAAGAAUCCAAUUCCUACAAGUUGUGUCUUCGGAGGAACAGCACAACUUAUCAACACUGACCCAAGCAAUGGCAACUGUCACUUUGCUUCGCCCAAAUCAACACCCAGCUUAAGUCCACCAGUGAACCCAACCCCAACAACUCCAGCCACUCCAACUACGAUGUCUCCACCAAUAACAGCCACACCUGGUGGAUCAACAAUUUACGGUGUGGCAGAACCAACAGGCUUGCCCAGCUCAGCCUCCUCUGUUUCAUUCAGCUUACUGCUCCUCUGUUCCACAAUGGCUACCGUGGGAUCACUUCUUGCUGCAAAUCAUCUCUAACCAUAUGGGAAUUAUGUUUUUUUGCUCUCUUAAAUGAGAUGGCAGUUUCCUUGGUUGCCACCAAAUAUCGUCAGCUUCUGAGGAGGCAGUGAGUAUCAACAUCAAGAUGUUCUCUCAAGGCCUCAUUGUCACCAUAAAAUCUAUUUGCUAUACUCCUUCUAUGGAUGCAUAUUAGUUGAUUAAGAAGCCCCCAAAAAUGAAGUAGAGCACAGAAUGUCUUAGGUUCUUGUACUUGUAGGCAAGUUAGAUUAGUCAUUUUCUCUUCAGUUCUAGCAUAAUAAAGUAUUAGAUGAGAUCCUAUGGCUUUAGAACUACAUAAACAGAGGAGAAAGAUAUAUUUGUUAUUGGCUACCACAUGAACUUUUUGAAUGAGAUGAGCAAGAGCAACAAUAAACUUUC